AGAUUAUACAAUUUCGGUCGCUCGGUGUUGUCCGUGUUUGCCGCUGGAUACCGGUAGAAAGGAAUCAGGAUUCAUCGUUGAAAUAGUUGGCCAAAAAUAAGGGCAGCAUGCAUUCUCUGCGGUUGAUACUUCCGCGUGCGGUUGGUAUUGUUCGCGUGACACCAAAUGCGUCUACGGUUCGGACACCAUUGCACCUAAUUUCGGCGGAACGAUUCACAUGUGGAUUUCACAAACGGCUCGCGGCGGCGCCAUCCGUGCGGACGCUCUGUUCGAAAGCGACACGUGCCGCUGGUGUUCCGGAUUCGGCAAAAUCUACCGCUGAGGAGAAUCAGGCCGACAGAAUAUACUACGGCAGCCUGACGCCACAAAUACGUGCGGUGAAGGUGUUUUCGCUGGCCACCAGCAUAGGCGGUAUCGUUGCGCAACCGAUUCUGCUCGAGCAGGCUAGCAAAGUAGGCGGUAUGCCCAUGAUAGUGGCCGUUUGUGGAUUUGCCGGAUUCUUCACCUUUGUGACACCGAUCCUGUUGCAUUUGGUCACGAAGCGAUACAUCACAGAGCUGCAUUAUGACCCUGGGAGUCAACAGUACACCGCAACCACGAUCACGUUUUUCCUGCAGCGAGAAAAGACACAAUUCAAAGUGGAAGAUGUGACCGUGCCGGAAGUGGGCGGAUUGUUUACGACGUUUUUGGUGAAAAACAAGGCGCUCUUUGUCGACCCACAGCUAUUCGCGGAUCCUACGCAUUACAUCAAGAUAAUGGGAUACGACAAACCGAUCGAUUUUAAGUUUGAAGAAGCACGGCAAUCGAGCGCUGGCGAGGAUAAAGCAAAGAAAGACCGAUAAGGUUGAAUAAAGCGAAGUGAAUGUCUAACGGUUUAAAUUUUGCUAA